AUGUUUGGAACCCUACGCUACCUCCCUGAGAAGAAGGUUGGGGAGUUCCUCGAACGUGAAUCAGGGGUUGCGGAAGAUGGGGCGACAAACAAACCCCAACACUCGGCUUGCGAUAAUUGCCGGAUAAAAAAGAUGCUUGAGUUGUGUGGAAUAGAUCCGCUGCAGCGGCCGAAAAGCGGGUUGUUCGCGGUGCAAAACUCUCUCUCUCCCUGUAACUACACUCACGCUCUUACACGCAAACGCAAAAGGAAUCAACCACAUGGACCCUCGGGGAAGGAGAAUGAAAAUGAGACUGGAUUGGACGUUGGCACGGUAGCCACCCGAUCUCCCGCGAAUGGCGCUGCAACCACUGCUGCUGAGCAGCCAUCCCUGUUGACAAUGGAACCGCAUACCGUAGAUGAAACGCAACAUGCCCAAGAUGAUUCGAACUUGACUUUCGAUCCAAUGUUCAAGGAAGUUCAAACUUGGUCCAACUGCCUGGAUUGGCCUCUGGAAGAGGGGGACACAUUUGUACCGGAAUUGGACUACCCGAUGGUGGGCAAUCCAACCGUUCCGGUCGAUUACUUCAAUUCUGGUUACCCUGGGUCGGAAAAUAUGGCACAGCAGCCUCCGCCGCCACUCGCUUCCAAUGGUUCUACACCACCCAAUGUACUGCCGACUCCGCCAGUGGACCAAGUUCUUGACCCGACCGUGAGAAUAACCCGAUCACAUGAUAAUAUUACUGAAGGCAUUAUAGAGGGGCAAUCGUCAUGUUCGUGUCUCAACUCAGCCGUGUUCCUGCUGGAUGAAUUAGAAUCGCCCAAUCAUGAAGGGGACCCUGGGGAGCAAGGCCUCGACUCCAUUCUGUCAAUCUAUCAGGAAGUACUGUUCCUGUGCAAGCGCAUGAUCAACUGUGACCCCUGCCAGGAGAAGUCUGAAAAUAUGAUGGUGCUUAGUAUGGUGCUUGAGCGGCUGACUAUUAUAUGUGGUGAAAUGAUCGAUGAUUUUAUUGCUCGAAUGGAAGCAAAUGGCCCGGAGCAAGCACCCAUACUGGCAGCCACGAUGAAUAAACAGCCUCUGUCUUUGGGAGAUUAUGAGAUUGAGGGUGGAGAUUACGAGAUCAUGAUGGGUGUUUUGGUGACAAGGCGGCUUUUGGAAUUGCAAAGUUUCCUGGUUCGCCUGAAGACAAUCGGCUCUCUCACCCGACGGGCACACCAGCAAGCACGAAUGGCGCGUAUUGAUCAACAUAUUCAAGACUUGUUUCGAAAACUCACCUUCGUCUGUCCUCUUGUCACAGAGAUUGCGGGUCGAUCUGAGAAGGAGUGA